AUGGCAGACGGUGAUAGCUCGCAGGAUCAAGAGUUUUCAGAGCUGCUGGGAUUCUUGCAAGACCAGAAGCCCGAAGUGAGACGCUUUGCGGCAGAAGGCGUUCUAGGCCAAACGGAGGACACUGACUUCCUGGACUACUGCCGCCGGAAUCCGCGCAAAGCGGCAAGGCCCCUUCUGCGUUUGGCGGAGAAGGCCGAAUCAGAGGUUUCAGAGGCGGCAGAGGCCGGAGAGAAGGCCGGAAGCUCUCAGGCUCAGAAGGCAACCGCUAUCCAAGCUGCCAGCAGCAUGGAAGCCUGUGUGUCGGCUCUGAAGGCUUUGGUGAACCUCUCCACCAUCCCCAGCGUACAGGAAGAGCUGGUCUCCCUGAAUGCGCCAAAGCGCAUCACCGAAGCCCUCCGAUCGGGUUGGUUGGAGGGUCGAGCAACGAUGGCUCACUGGUAUGCCAUGCUACUGGCCAACAUCUCUACGAGCGCCAAAGGUCAGCAGGCUUUAUGUGGCGAUGAAGGUAUGCUUAAGUUUCUGGUGGCUGCGUACGUGACUAAGCCACGGCCAGAUGCAAGGGACGGCUACGAGGAUCCCCUACUUUGGCUCGGAAGCUUGCUGGUCAACGUUUUGGUUCUACCCGAAGGACGCAAGCUUUUCGCGAUGGGAGAGAAUCAUGCACUUACCACGAUCUUCAGCGAGCUGGCAGAUCGUGGCCGAAGACAAGACAUGAUCAAUGCGGUCAAGAACACUUGCUUGGAUUCAGAGUGUCAUCAGACAGUCAUCACAACAGAUCUGAUAGCCCAGAUGGCAAGGUUCCUCUGCCCCUGGGAGUCUUUGGAUGCUGAUGCGAAGUCCAUGCUACCGGGAGCCUUGAAGGAGUCUCUCGAGAAAGAUGGCGCUUCACUCACAGGCGAUGUUGCUGUUCGGUCAGCUGCUGCUGUAAGUUUGAUGGGACUUUGUCGCUCACUUGCUGGUCGAGAUUAUCUCCGAGCAAGCGGAUGCGAGCAGGUCUUGCGUGCAUGGCACGCCGAGGAGACCGAUGGCACCAUCAAGGAGCAGAUCGACGUUGUUCUUCCUGCCCUGGUGCUGUCCGAAGACGAGCUGAAAGCUGAAGAGGACAAGCUGGUGGCACAGGAGAAAGCGGGCGAGACCGGACCAGCAGAUGAUCCCUACAAGAGUAAGCUGACUUGCUUUUGCGGCCAGUUGUUCUUCAUCAGCUCCAACGAUGACCACGAGGGCUACAGAUAUGCCCCGCUCGAGGUUGGCCACAUCUUCACGAAUGAAGACACGCUCUACCAGCUAGGUGCCGGCAACAACGAUCCUCAGUUUGCCCCCGAGGGCGGCAUUGAGAUCAUUGGAGGUGAUCAGGAGACAAAUCUCGUAUCGUUGCAAGAUGGCUCCACCAGGCUUCGCUUGCAAAUGAUGGGUGGCGAAUACUCCACUGCCAAAAUCUCCAGAGGCAACUAUCUGAGCAUGUGGCUGGAGCCGUUGACGGCAUGGCAGCUGCCUGAAACGUGUGGAGAUCGAACGGAUACAAGGGUCGAGACUGGCAGCAUCCGCAUCCAUUGUUUCGUCAUUGUCGGCAGCUUUCGCCGGUGUGGUGAAGUGGUCACCUGCGCUGGGAUCAAGGUUGUGCCCUUUGCAGCACAGGUGCCGAUGAUUCGCAUACAGAUGCCACCGAACAUGAACGACCUCUUCGGAUCGCUGAUCUACGAGCUGGAUGUCUACAGCCUGAGACUGCCAUCUUCUGGUGCUCUCCCCCACCGUCUCAUGGUGCAAGUGAUGAAGGAAGAUGGGACCAAGCCCCACUUCAGGGUGGCCACCGGUCGCUUUUACAACGCGCCAACUCGUAACUUCGCGACGAUUGGGCGUGUUCUCAGUGCACCUCAGAUGGGCCUCGAGCCAUUCGAAGGAGUGCAAAGUCACGUUCUCUAUGUGAUGCUUCAGAUGGCUGUGCCGCUGCGCGGACAGGACAGGACGCGGCCUGCGCCGAAUGCCCGUCCUGGCUCCUACUUCGUGAUCAGGGCCCCGCCAGGCUUCCGGAUGCUACAGGCCGUCGAGGUGAACCACACAGGGGGUGACCUUGGCAUGGUGACUUUGACGCCAGAUGGUGAUGCGGCAUCGCGCCUGAACAACACCAUGGCACAACCUGCUCCAACCGGCUUUGGAACGCCCGACCUUGGGGGUUGGUCGAUGCUUGGCGAGGAGGCCACGUACGCCCUCCUUGAUCGCUCGCUCAUUCCUGCAAUGUCGUCGCUCGUGAUGGGCUUGCGUGUGUACCCUGGCAAUACGAGCAUGCCCAUCACCAACACCCUGAACUUGUGGUCUGUGCAGGUAUAUUCUCCUGGAGACCACAAUCUCACAGUGGUAAACUUCAGCGCGACAUUUUAUCGCACAGGCCUAGGAGGAGUGCCAGUGCUGGGACGGCUCGAGAAUGCCUUGAUCCAGCCACUGGACCCCAUGGUUUCCCUCAUUGCAAGCGCGCCGACCGUGCAGUCGCUCAGCGUGUUCUUCAGAGCCGUGGAAGAUGUCAAUGCAGGGGGGUCUAUCGACGUGGAGGCACCUCGUGUCUUCGAUUUCGGCGCAGCUUGCCAAGCCUCUGAUCUAUCCGACGGGUACUAUGUGACUGGUCCGGUUCCUUCAGUCCAUCGUCUUCCCGAGAUCAUUCGUUGUGAAAGUCACCGGAGCAGUGGCGUUCAAACAGGUCCGUACCAUGUGGCUCGCAUUUUCAUAGAGGGACCGUUGAAGGGAGUAAACAUCUACGGCUUCUCGAUCAUUGCGAGAAAUCCAACACUUGAUGAAGUUUCGCAGAUCCUCUCCUUGAACGAUCCGUGGUCCGAUGUGGACUGGAACAUCACAACACGUGGGCCUGAAGGUUCUCCUGUUUGUGCCACUUACGGCGGCGCACCUGGUGCUGCAGAUGGCAGUGGCUCCUGGCGACUUGUGAACAAGUCCAUUCCACCGAAAGCAUCCGUCAGUGAGGCGUUGGCUACGCCGGGCCCUGCCAUUGCAGUGACGCUCACGUCUUGGCUACCCUUCGCCGUCAGGCAAGUAGCAACAUCGGCUACUAUGGUGUUCCUCCUGGAUGUCGACUUUCAGGGUGCUCUGGAAAUUUCUGCGCCAGUGGGCUUCGAGUGGCUGUCUUCUUUGGUGCAGAAACAACCGGGAGCACCUUACAAUGAGACGUACACCUUCCAGAACUUACCAGAGGUCAGUUCCAGCUCGCAAGGAGCAAUGCUGCGCUUUCUGGAAACGACAUUCCUCAAGAACGUCCGCUACGGCUUCGAGGCUCCUAUAUACGUGCCUGACGUUGGCCCCGUCACAAGCUUGUCGGCGUUUUACAUCAGCCUUUUAGUCGCAGAUCCUCUCGGUCCUGCGCUUCCAGAAGGCAUAAGCUCCGUCGUGUUCGCGGAUCCCGUCCGGGCAAUCGUUGACUCGAUGGCGAGGUCCUCCAACAAACUGCCGGGAACGACUGCUGAGCUGAUGCUGAAGCUUCGCAUCGCCACGAUGGUGGAGAUGCCUUCCGUGCUUGAGAUCACGAUGCCUCCGGGAUACUCUCCCCUCCCAGGUGGGCAGUGUGGCAAAAGGCCAUGGCCUGGCCAACUGGAAUUCAGUGACACAAGCCCGAUCGGCUUGUCAACAUGCAGCUUCGAGCGCGAUGUCGCAGCCAUCACUUACGAGCAGAAGGAGUAUGACGUCUUCCGCAUCCGGAUCACGCCGAUGGAUUCGUUUCCACUGAUGCCUGGGCUCGUUCAGUUUCGCAUCGAUAUAAUUAAUCCUCCGGGAGAGCUGUCGUCUUUCUACAUCGAGAACGAGCCUGCGCCCGGGGCUCGAAUCUGCGGCCCGGCCUGUUGGAGAUUUCAGACUCAGAUGUCUACAGGGGAAUUGAUCGACGCACCUCAGACAGUGGCCUCGGAACCGCCACCCUUUGAGAUGGCCUUGGGUGGGAUAAUGCAGAUAUGGCCGCCCGGGCGGAAUGAUCGGCCAAACAAGAACAGCAGGCUUAUUUUCCACUUCAGCCUUGGCACCGCUGGCCCGUACCGUGCAGGGGACAUGAUGCCUGCCGGCGAGCUUGAGCUGGUUGGACCACCUGGUACAAUAAUUCCGACGCGCUGUUAUCAUCUGGUUGAGACUCGGGUCGUGAACCUUUUCGGGAGUGUCUUCAACGCGACACAGCUGGGGGUGAAUGUCUGGGACCCCAACUCUCCAGUCACCGGCUGCGAGGGCAACGGCGAGACAGCCCUGAUCUCCUUGUCUCCUGGUCUGGUCGCCUCCUAUGUCUAUGCGUUCCGCAUCGACAUCGUGAAUCCGGGCAUCCAGACGGCUUCCAACUUCUGGACCAUGACGCUCUUGGACCACUUUGCACAGCCAAUACCUUCAUUCAAUCUCUGGGCCUUCCCUGAAAUUUCCGUAUCGAGCCUGGCUCGGAACUCUCGUCCCAGCUGCUACCAGGGUGAUUGCGUCGGGGCCGGGGCAGGGGUGGCCAUCCCUGUUCAGCUAGCCCUCCGGACGCAGAAUGUUGUGUCGACCAGCGGACAAAUGAUUAUCACUGCGCCUCUGGAAUUUGGCUUCGACCCAGUUGCAAACGCACCUCUCAUCGAGGGAGACAAGCAGACUCCUUGCUUAAUUCGCGAGUACGAAAACCACAACAUGUCGGCGCUCCCCUACACCUGGCGGAUGGCAGAGCGGGAUUGCGUGAUCGUGGAUCGAGGUAAUCCACUUGACGGCACUGGGACCGGAGAUACUCGCACGGUCCGCAUCAUCGUUCGCUACCAAUUCAACCCGGCUGAUCUCAGACCACCCAAGGCAUUUCGCCCGAAUGCAACCUUCGUCAUUUACUUCUGGAUCCAUCCUCCAAUGACAUUUCGUCCACCAGAGGCCUGGAUGCUUGAAAGCUUCAGCCCGACUGGGGAAGAGCUGGAUAUUGGCAGCGCGAUGGGCUGGGAGGUAAGACGGGUGAUGACUCUGUUUGAGCACAGUAACACCGGGGGCAUCAACCAGUUUACGCAGACCAUUACUCCUGCAGUGACUGCUGGAAAUGCUUUGGUUCCCAACUUUGUCAUUGACUUUGUCCUGCCGGCGAAUGCAUGGCUCCAGGACAGACUUGUCUUGACGGCACCGAGGAACUUUCAGCUUCAGCUCGGAUUCAUGGAUGCCAAUUCGCCAGGCUCCUGCAUCGAAAGGCGCAUCUUGCUACCUCUCGUGGUCGCAGGCUUGGAGCCUGAGGCGACCAGGCCAGCCUACUGCGCCGCAGAGGUCAUGACAAUUCCGGCCGUCAACUUCGGCAGAGCCCUACAGUCUGGCGAACUGUGCCGCUUGCUGCUGAACGUGCGGAACCCGCAAUCGCCACCGCCUGUGGAGUACAACUAUUGGAAGUUGGAGCACUAUGCCGGAAGUGGGUCCAGGGAGAUGCAGACAUCCGCGAUCGCUCGAUCUUGGGAUGUCAUUCCCGUGAUCUUCGACACAGGUUCUGGUAUCACAGGUGAACUGAAGGGGCAAGGCACGACUACGACCAUUCAGUUCAAUUUCACCGUCGUGCAGAGCGCCUCGGAGCUCCAAAUCGACGCGCUGGAGCCGUUGGGCUUCGAGUUCCAGGAGGCCUAUGCUGUCGCGAACAUCAGUGGCCGAAGAAGCAUACCACAGAUCCUCCUGGCCUCCUGGGAUGAGAUCCGUCUGGUGAUCCUUGCAGAUAGCUUCGAUGUGGUCUCUCUGACCAUCGCAGAUGUGAAGAUUUCCGAGGUCCCUGGGCCCUCUCGUUGGAUGCUAUCGACUUGGGAGCUGCCCGAAGACGACCCGGAAGGCACUCCCUACAAGCGGGAUGAGGUGCACCUGCAGGGCUUUUUGGUGCCUGGCAGAGUGGAUGUUUACAAUGCUUUCGGCCAAACUGGACGUGAGAACGCGGCCAUUCUUGGGAGGAGCUCCGAUUUGUUUUUCGACAUGACAACCACGGCUCCUGUCCAAGCUGGCUCUGACCUGGUUCUGCAAGCACGAGGUGCUGGGCCGGAUGGAUUCAAACUGUUCAGUGAAGGCGCAGAAUUAUGGAUGCUCGACAGUGAAGGGGUCAACGUGGAAAGAAAACUGGGGCAGUGGUACUGCGAAGACAUGAGGAGUCUCUUUGAUCCGGACAACGAGACUGCCAUGAAUUUCACGAAGGACAUGUAUCUCCCGCAUCGUUCAGCCUGCGAGUGGGACACCACACGUGAAGACCUGGUUCGCAACUUUGAUCGCAGUGAUCCGAAUGCGACUCGGGUGGCGGACACGUUGGUGCUUCGAAUCAACGAGGCAGCGCCGAUCUCCAGCAGUCUCCGGCUGAGGUUUCAGGUACAGACGCCGGAGGACAGAACAAACUUCUUGGAAGAGCGCUGGCACUUGACUGUGCAGCUGUACAACGAGAGCACGUCGGUGCUUGAAAUCAUCGCCACCAACGAUGGGGCGCCGGUGCCCCUCUCCGUGGUCACACAGCUGCCCACCGAGCCAACACCAGAGCCCUCGCAGCUCGCGCCCCUGGCACGGGCUGAGGUGGUCUUCAUGUUGGACCCAUUGGACACUGGUGCCGAGGCUUUUGUUCUCACGGCUCCGCUUGGCUACACCUUCGUUCACCCCUGCCGGGUUCCUUUCCAGGAGAACCAAACCAACAACGUGGACGAGAUGCGCUGCCUGCCACUGCCGGCCGCCAAUGGCCUGAGCCGUGCUCGUGUGGACUGUGAGGUUGAUCCUGCUCUCCGCUUGGUGGCAGGUUUGGGCACAGAGUGCCUUCGUAAUGCACCCACUGUUGUGUACGUGGCGUCGCCAGAGGCAACCGUGCCAGAUGCACAGAACGUGUGGUUCGUCGAAGCUGUCGCGCUUGUAGGAACCAACUACACUUCGGUGGGGGAUCGGCUUGGAAGAGGGACGUUUACCGGUUUUGAGGUCAUGGACAUGGAGGUUCAGGUGGUUUAUGGAGCCCUUGCCUCGGUGCCAGUGGACGUGGGUGUGGCCUUCACCAGCCGUGUGGAUCUCCCCCGCCUCGGCCAGGUGGUCAUCGAAGGACCUCAGGAUUUGCAGCAGUUCAGCUGCGAAAACAAGCGUGGCCGGGUCUUGCCGGUGUCCCUGGGGCCUCUGGCACGAUGCCAAACAACGUCGUCCUUCCCACCAACGGUGGUUCUUACAUUGAACCAGAGCUUGCCAAGCAGCCUGCACGUGGUCAUCAUACCUGCGGAGACCUCCCGACAGGACCCCCAGCCUUCGCGCAACGUCUUCAACGUCUUCCUCCGAGCUCCCGAUGGCCGGAAUAUGGACGUCUCAUUGACAGUGCCGGGUGAGCCGAUAGUGCAAGGCAUCCGAGCAAGCGUUUUACCUUUCUGGUGGACGGAGCUGAGGCAGUACGAUGAUUUCUUCGACGUGACAGUCCCCGUAGAGAUCUUGGACGAUGUGGAUAUCGAUUUGUGGGGCAUCCUCAUCGACUUUCCGAAGGAUCCGGACUUCCAGCUCCACGCUCUUGACGUUCAGGUUUCUACAGCCUUUGGCGAGGGGAUUUACCUGCAGCCAGUUUCGCCAUUCAUUGGUCAAGCAGGUGGCGGUCGACUGUUGGUGCGGUUGGACCCCAAUCGCAAGCCUCGCACAGGCAUGACUCUGAUCCAGUUUCCUGUGACCCGACCGUUCAGCCUGCCACUCUUCAACUUCUGGCGUGUUGCGUUGUGCGGUUCAGCGAUGGGCCCAAACGGUGAAGGCUGCGAGCUCGGCGAGGACCGCGAGGACCGGGGAGCCGCUGUCAUCUGCGUCUUUGCGAACGGUGGUUUCGACCCCUCGGAGCCCAGCAGUGCUCAGGUGUUUCGGGCCACGACGGGCAGUACGUCACGAGCGCAGGCCUGUAAGCUGCGUGGGGCUGCCAUUGCACAUGCAGGUCCAAACUCCCGCCCAUUUUGGUGCGCAGUGGAUACUGCUGUCCCACGAGCUGUUUCAAAGUUUCAGCGGUCUGUUAUCCGCUCUGAAUAUGACUCUGCUCGCCUUUUCGGCUCGAAGUCACUAUACCAGGCCAAUCCACAUCGGAACAUGGGAUUCUUUAUGAUCUGUCGAAGCCGCUGGAAUGUGGACUCUCUUGCUGGUCCUUCUCGCCCCUCCCAGCCUUGGCAUGCGUGA